GUUUUUGCUUUUCGAUUUGUUCACCAAACGUCACAAAAACACAGUUAUCUGGCGGAAAUUAUUGAGAAAUUUAUAUUUAUUAAAUGCCAAGGCGUUUCAGGAAAUUGUCUACCAAUCAUUAUGGCACCUACUAACUCAGCCAGCGCCAGUGACAAGAUGAAUUAUGCUCUCCAAGUGGCUUUGCAGACCAUGAAAGAGCGUUGUAUACAAUUGCAACAGCGGGUCAGCAAAAUGGAGGAGGAGAACCUGCGUCUCCGUGAAGGCACAAAUAUGCAAUCGGACUCAGGUGACAGCUUGACUUUGCGGUCGCAAGUAUCGGAAUUGCAACGACAGAAGGAGCAAUUAGAGGAACAAAUCAACAUGGUGUCCAAUGAGAAUCGUCGAUUGUGGUCACGUCUUUCACAGAUUUCUAAGGAUCAACAGCUAGAAGCAUCUCAGGCACAGACUGCAUCCAAAACCGACGAUGAGUCGACCACUGACUUGCGUGCCAAUCAAAACCUUAUUCGUUCAAAGACAUUCACACAGCACUCGCCAAAUCCGCACUUGCGUCAGAAGAUGAUCUCGGAUGAAAUGAGUCUUGAGGAAAUCGCCCUUGAUGACUUUGGAGCCAAUGACACAGACUUGGGCUAUCCUUAUGGCCUGCAGGUGCCAAUGCAUGAGACCGGAGGAAUAUCGACAGAUUCAGAUGCCAAUUUGGAUGCCAAACGUUGCAUGGACGGCUUGCAGGAUUUGCGUCGCGAGGCCAUGAAACAGCAACAGGAACUUACAUCGGUCCUAACACUGCUAGAAAGUCGCAUUGCGUUGCAGCCCUGUCCUGAAUGCGCCCAAAAGGCUGCCCAUAAACCGGAAAUGGCCGAUAAGAGCCUCGAAACAGAUGAGAGCCUCAACAACGAAUUAAAGCAGUAUGACAAAGAGCAGAUCGAUGCUACCCACAAUGGACAUGAUCAGGGUCAUGGGCCAACACCUCCGCGCCUUAAUAUCAUACAGGAGAAAAUCCAGGCCGAUGCCAUGGAAAAGACAUGCCCCAUGUGCGGCAAGCUAUAUUCCAGCCAGAUAUCGUUUAAAGCAUUUCGCGAGCAUGUCGAAAUGCAUUUCAUUGACGAAACAAUCGAAUUAGAGAACAAUAGCAUCGAUCGACAGUUCGAGUUUGUCUCUCAUACUGUGGGCGAUUUCUGACCCAAUAAACAUAUCCAUCUAUCUUAUCACAGA